GGGGGGGGGGCGGGAUACGGCCGGCAGCAGACGGACAAAGGUGUGGCUGCCAUGCUCCAGCGUGGACCCCCAGCCUGGCCACCCACCCCGUGAGGGCACCUCCCAGCAGCAGCAGCAGCCAGCAGCUGGCACCACCUGGAUGGCUCAGGAUGCCCCAAGCGCCUCGGUGAGCGCCGGGACGGGGGACAGCAGCCACCACCUGUGCCCACCUCGCCCCACGCUCCCGCGGUGCCCAGCUGGUGGCUCAGCUGUUUUCUCCUGAGAAGAGCCCUGCCAGGACAUCAAAAUAGAGUCCCUCCGGGUGACAGUCGACUUCCUGAAGGUGCCCUUGGGCCUGAAGAAGCCUCCUCUGAAGGAGGCCCUGGCAGCCGUGCCAGGGCCGGGCAGGGGCAAGGAGCGGCGCAGGGCUGGGCACUGCCACACCAUGGACAAUGAGUCGCAGUACUCAGGCUACUCCUACAAGUCCGGGCACUCCCGCGGCUCCCGCAAGCACAGGGACCGCCGGGACCGGCACCGCUCCAAGAGCCGCGACGGCAGCCGCGGGGACAAGUCGGUGACCAUCCAAGCCCCGGGAGAGCCUCUGCUGGACAACGAAUCCACCCGCGGCGACGAGAGGGACGACAACUGGGGCGAGACCACCACGGUGGUGACAGGGACGUCGGAGCACAGCAUCUCGCACGAUGACCUCAGCCGCAUCGCCAAGGACAUGGAGGACAGCGCCCAGCUGGCCUGCUGGCGGCACCUGGGCGUCUCGCUGGCGGGGGCCCUGGCGCUGCUGGCCUUCCUCACGCCCCUGGCCUUCCUGCUGCUGCCCCAGCUGCUGUGGCGGGAGGAGCUGGAGCCCUGCGGGACGCCCUGCGAGGGGCUCUUCAUCUCGGUGGCCUUCAAGCUGCUGAUCCUGCUGCUGGGCAGCUGGGCCCUGUUCUUCCGCCGCCCCAAGGCCUCCUUCCCGCGGGUCUUCGUCUUCCGCGCCCUGCUGAUGGCUUUGGUCUUCCUGCUGGUGGUCUCCUAUUGGCUCUUCUACGGCGUCCGCAUCCUGGACCCGCGGGACAGGCACUACCAGGGCGUGGUGCAGUACUCCGUGUCGCUGGUGGACGCCCUCCUGUUCGUGCACUACCUGGCGGUGGUGCUGCUGGAGCUGCGCCAGCUGCAGCCGCAGUUCACCCUCAAGGCAGUGCGCUCGGCCGACGGCGCCAGCCGCUGCUACAACGUGGGGCACCUCAGCAUCCAGCGAGCUGCUGUCUGGAUCCUGGAGAACUACUACCAGGACUUCCCUGUCUACAACCCUGCCCUGCUCAACCUGCCCAAGUCUGUCCUGGCCAAGAAGAUGUCUGGCUUCAAAGUCUAUUCCCUUGGAGAGGCAGAGAACUCCACCAACAACUCCAGCAGCCAGUCGCGGGCGGUGAUGGCGGCGGCCGCGCGCCGCAGGGACAACAGCCACAAUGAGCUCUACUACGAGGAGGCUGAGCACGAGCGGCGCCUGCGCAAGCGCCGCGCCAGGCUGGUGGUGGCAGUGGAAGAAGCCUUCACCCACAUCAAGAGGCUGCAGGAGGAUGACCAGAAGAACCCACGGGAGAUCAUGGACCCACGGGAGGCAGCUCAGGCCAUCUUUGCCUCCAUGGCCAGGGCCAUGCAGAAGUACCUGAGGACCACCAAGCAGCAGCCCUACCACACCAUGGAGAGCAUCCUGCAGCACCUGGAGUUCUGCAUCACCCACGACAUGACACCCAAGGCCUUCCUGGAGCGGUACCUGACGCCCGGCCCCACCAUCCAGUACCACAAGGAGCGGUGGUUGGCCAAGCAGUGGACGCUGGUGAGCGAGGAGCCUGUCACCAGUGGGCUGAAGGAGGGGGUGGUCUUCGUGCUCAAGAGGCAGGACUUCAGCCUGGUGGUCAGCACCAAGAAGAUUCCUUUCUUCAAGCUCUCCGAGGAGUUCGUGGACCCCAAGUCGCACAAAUUCGUCAUGAGGCUGCAGUCGGAGACCUCAGUGUGAGCCAGAGAGAGAGAGAGAGAGAGGGGCCCAGGGCCGUGGGGGUGGGAUGGACUCACUCACACACCCCCACCCCCCACUCUGCAGCCUUCCCUCGCGGCCUGCCCGAGGCCACAGCUGGAGGGCAGAGCUGUGGUGGGCACUGGGAAGCUGCAGCCUUGCCCCCAGCUGCAGCACCCACCUGUGGUCGCCUGCCCUCUGCCUCGGCUUGGUGCCCCUUUUGGGGGUGGACUUGAGCCCCUUCCUCCUCCUGCUCCUCCUCCUCACCCUGAAACCCAGGUCCUUGUAGCAUCCCUCCCCACCCAGACGGUGGCAGCUGGCAGGGGCCAGCAGCAGGGCCUGGGAGGGGACAGCGUUUUUGGUGCCACCACUCAAGGGCUAACUGCAGAUGUUCCUCACCAGCAUCUUCCAGCACCAGGUCCCAGCGACCUCCUGAGCUGCUGCUCCCUGCCAGGCCUUGGCCUUAAACUGCUGCCCAGUGCCUGGGGCUGGGGGCUUUAACCCUGGAGAUAUUUGAUAGGGGGGGGGGGAGGGGGUAGGGAGUGGUUUCCAAACCCCUGUGUGACCCAUGGCUGCUAUGAAGACCUCCCCCCCAGCACCCAGCACCCCUGGCACGGUGCCACCCUUGGGCACGGGGGGUGGCUGCUGGCUGCAGGCAGCUUCCCUCCUCCUCAGCUCCUGGCUGGGGUGCAGGGGAAGCAGAAGGGGUUGGGUUCCGUUGGGUUCCUGCCCCACAGUGGUUCCUCAGCUCCCAGGCUGUGACCCAUGGCCCCCAGCAGCAUAUCCCGGGGGGGGUUGCCCCACACUGGUUGGAGCUUGCAGGCAGAGCAGCUCCAGAGCUCCCUCAGGGUCCAGCUCCAGAGCUCCCUCAGGGUCCAGCUCCAGAGGUCCCACUCAGGGUCCAGCUCCAGAGCUCCUCCUCAGGGUCCAGCUCCAGAGAUUCCCCUCAGGGUCCAGCCUGAGAGCUCCUUCAGGGUCCAGUUUCAAAGGGUCCCUCUCAGAGCCCAGUUUCAGAGCCCCCUCAGGGUCCAGCUCCAAAGCCCCCUCAGGGUCCAGCUCCAAAGCCCCCUCAGGGUCCAGCUCCAAGCCCCCUCAGGUCCCAUCCUGACCCUGAUGCCAGCUGUGAGGAAUGCACUGAGGGGUCCUUGGGGGGGGGCUGGGCUCAGUGAGGGUCUCAGGCAGGGGCCAGUGCUGGCUGCAGCUCUGUGCUGCUCUCCCCUGGCAGCUGCAGAAGCUUUGGGGGGGUCACAAACCCCUCCUGGAUUGCCUCUCAAAUGUCCUCUUUGUUGCCCUCCCCCCCCCUCAGGAUCUUCCUGCUGAGUUGGGGGAGGGGGCGCGGAGUGGGGGGGCAGGAGGAGGGGUCCUGAGGGUCCUGAGGUUGGGAAUUGUGGCUGAGCCAGGCUGGGAUCCCAGGGGCAGCCCAGGGGAGCUGGGGGGGCUCAGCAGUGCUCAGGCUUUGACUUUGGCUUCUUCCAUCCUAAGCACUAAGGAGGAGCUGAGUGCAGGGGGGGGCAACCUUCUGCCCCCCUCCCCCCCCAGUAUGCACCAGUAACAAUGAGGGGGUGGGGAGAGGGUCCUGGGCACUGACCCUGGCACCCUUGUGCCCCUCUCCCCCUUGCCCCCAGUGUGUACCACUAAGAGUGGGCUGCUGGGGAGGGGGUCCUGGGCUCCAGCCCUGGGGUGAGACCUCUCUGCUUGGAGCUGAAUCACCACUUUGGGGAGAGGGUGGGGGGGGGGGGAUGGGGGCUGAGCACCCUCCCCCCCCCCGCAUCACUGCCUUCAGCUUCCGACCUGCAGGACUCAAACUUCCCUUUCCCAUUGCUGCUGGGAGCUGGCUCAAGGUUGGGGG